AUGUACAAUGCCGGCUAUGGCUUUGGCAACCCGGCCUUCAACCAACCCGGAACGCCGCAGCAGCAACAGCAGCAGCAGCAGCAACCACCCCAACAGCAGCCUGGGCAGCCCAAUCCUCAAAUGAUGUAUAACCAACAACAGCAGUUCGCGGGUAUGGGAGCCCAGGGAGGCUUCAACCCCGGUGCCAAUCCCCAGAUGAUGCAGGGCAUGCCAGCUGGCAUGAUGCAAAACCCUGGGAUGGCCAAUAUGCCACCCAAUGGACAGAUGCCCGGAUACGGCCAACAGUUCCCCGGAGCCGGUUACGGUCAGAUGAUGCCCGGCGGCGGCGGCGGCGGCGGCAUGCCUCAAAACUUUGCGCCGAAUAAUUACAUGAUGCCCGGUGGCAUGCAGGGAUUUCCGAUGAAUCAACCGGGCAUGACCCCCCAACAGAUGCAAUUAAUGCAGAGGAUGCAGGCACAACAAGCAGCUCAACAGGCAGCCCAGCAACAGCAACAACAACAGCAACAACAACAACACCAGCACCAGCAUCAACAACAUCCCCAACAGCAGCAACAGAUGCCGCAGCAACCCCAGCAACAAAUACAACCGCAGCCGCAACAACCUCCACAGCCUCAACAGCCUCAGCCUCAACCCCAGCAACUUCACCAACCGCAGCUGAAUGCUGCCAUGCCACAGGUCUCUACACCUCAAAGACCACCGAGUGCAGCCCAAGGCACUCCCACGAACCCGAUGCAGCAGCAGCAGCAGCAACAACAAUUCUCGACACCACAGCCCCAGUCUCAAAAUCAAACUCCACAAAACGCGCAGCAGCAAUCCGCGAGUGGAACACCCCAAACGCCAACGUUCUCAGCCAACCACGGCGGUGGUAUGACCCUUCCUGCAUCGGGCACGCCAAUGAGUCCAGGUGCCGAGUCUAGGGAAAAGGAGAGGUUUGCGCUGCUCUUGGACAUCAACCAUGAGCUGCUAUACGAAUCAAUACAGAUUCAAACCACACAAUCGGAGCUUAAAAAGGAGAACCCCUCGCCAAAUGGCAAUCCGGCAGAAAGGAAACCCACCGAAGAGGAAAACCUGUUCCAGCAAGAUUAUCUUCAGUGUAUGAGACGACUACAGGCAAACCUGUCCUACAUGGCCGCCAUGGCAGACCGAAAACCGGAGGUUAAAGCACCUCCCUGCCCGGCGUAUCUCAGCGCGCCGCCCUUGAAUCUUUCGCUUAAGCUGAGAGCUGCACCAAUUAGGGCAGAAGGACAAGAUGCGAACAUUGAUCCCGUUGCGGACAGGGCUGAGCGAGACCAAUCAAUCAAGGAUCUGUAUCGUCGACUCCAAGCGGUCUUCCCGGGGUUUGACCCGAAGAAGGAGCCCGUUUUCCGCCCUGGUGCUGGACAAAAGGUUGGUGGUCAGGGGCCAAACCAAGCCAGUCCAACGGUUCCGCAAAACCCUCAGAUGCCAAACAUAACCGCACCGCCUGGCCACCCUGGGAUGAUGGGCUGA